AUGAGUGAAGGGGCGGCCGGUGCCUCGCCACCUGGUGCCGCUUCGGCAGCCGCCGCCUCAGCCGAGGAGGGCACCGCGGCGGCUGCGGCGGCGGCGGCGGCGGGCGGGGGCCCGGACGGCGGCGGAGAAGGGGCGGCCGAACCCCCCCGGGAGUUACGCUGUAGCGACUGCAUCGUGUGGAACCGGCAGCAGACGUGGCUGUGCGUGGUGCCUCUGUUCAUCGGCUUCAUCGGCCUGGGGCUCAGCCUCAUGCUGCUUAAAUGGAUCGUGGUAGGCUCCGUCAAGGAGUACGUGCCCACGGACCUGGUGGACUCCAAGGGAAUGGGCCAGGACCCCUUCUUCCUCUCCAAGCCCAGCUCUUUCCCCAAGGCUAUGGAAACCACCACAACAACUACUUCUACCACGUCCCCCGCCACUCCCUCUGCCGGCGGCGCCUCUUCCUCCAGGACGCCUAACCGGAUUAGCACCCGCUUGACCACCAUCACACGGGCACCCACCCGCUUCCCUGGGCACCGGGUGCCUAUCCGGGCUAGCCCGCGCUCUACCACGGCACGGAACACUGCUGCCCCUCCGACGGUCCUGUCCACCACGGCCCCUUUCUUCAGUAGCAGCACGCCAGGCUCCCGACCCCCGAUGCCAGGAGCCCCCAGUACGCAGGCGAUGCCUUCCUGGCCCACUGCGGCGUAUGCUACCUCCUCCUACCUCCACGAUUCCACUCCCUCCUGGACCCUGUCACCCUUUCAGGAUGCUGCCGCCGCCUCUUCCUCCUCACCCUCUUCCACCUCCUCCACUACCACCACCCCAGAAACUAGCACCAGCCCCAAAUUUCAUACUACAACAUACUCCACAGAACGAUCAGAGCACUUCAAACCCUGUCGAGACAAGGACCUGGCAUAUUGUCUCAAUGAUGGUGAAUGCUUUGUGAUUGAGACCCUGACAGGAUCCCAUAAGCACUGUCGGUGCAAGGAAGGCUACCAAGGAGUCCGUUGUGAUCAGUUUCUGCCGAAAACAGACUCCAUCUUAUCGGAUCCAACAGACCACUUGGGGAUUGAAUUCAUGGAGAGUGAAGACGUCUAUCAAAGGCAGGUGCUGUCGAUUUCAUGUAUCAUCUUUGGAAUUGUCAUUGUGGGCAUGUUCUGUGCAGCAUUCUACUUCAAAAGCAAGAAACAAGCUAAACAAAUUCAGGAGCACCUAAAAGAGUCACAGAAUGGGAAAAACUACAGCCUCAAGGCCUCCAGCACAAUGGCGAAAUCUGAGAGCUUGAUAAAGAGCCACGUGCAACUACAAAAUUAUUCAAAAGCAGAUAGGCAUCCUGUGACUGCGCUGGAGAAAAUAAUGGAGUCAAGUUUUUCAGCUCCACAGUCGUUCCCAGAGGUUCCUUCUCCUGACCGAGGAAGCCAGCCUAUCAAGCACCACAGAAGUAUUUCUUCUUGCUGCAGCCCAGGACAAAGGAGUGGGAUGUUGCAUAGGAAUACUUUCAGAAGGACACCACCUUCACCCCGAAAUCGACUAGGUGGGGUUGUAGGACCAGCAUAUCAACAACUGGAAGAAUCAAGAAAUCCAGACCAGGAUACAAUACCUUGCCAAGGGAUAGAGGUCAGGAAGACUAUAUCCCACCUGCCUUUACAGCUGUGGUGUGUUGAAAGACCCCUGGAUUUAAAGUAUGCAUCCAGUGGCUUGAGAACCCAACAAAAUGCAUCAAUAAAUAUGCAACUGCCUUCAAGAGAAACAAACCCCUAUUUUAAUAGCUUGGAUCAAAAGGACCUGGUGGGUUAUUUAUCCCCAAGGGCCAAUUCCGUGCCCAUCAUUCCGUCGAUGGGUCUAGAAGAAACCUGCAUGCAAAUGCCAGGGAUUUCUGAUGUCAAAAGCAUUAAAUGGUGCAAAAACUCCUACUCCGCUGACAUUGUCAACGCGACUAUUCCAGUCAGCGAUUGUCUUCUAGAAGAACAACAGGAAGUGAAAAUAUUACUAGAGACUGUGCAGGAACAGAUCCGGAUUCUGACUGAUGCUAGACGGUCAGAAGACUACGAACUGGCCAGCAUGGAAACUGAGGACAGUGCGAGCGAAAACACAGCCUUUCUCCCCCUGAGUCCCACGGCCAAAUCAGAACGAGAGGCACAAUUUGUCUUAAGAAAUGAAAUACAAAGAGACUCUGUGCUAAUGAAGUGA